AUGAUGGUUGUAACCAAGAUGUUGGUGGCUGUCAUCGUGAUGAUGAUGAUGAUUGCUGAAGCAAAACAAUUCGAUGCAUAUAGAAUGUUACAAUUCGAUCAACCAACCAAUUCCGAAAGUGGAUAUUCAAAACUUGGUCCAGUAAGAUCGAUUUUGAAUGCACCAUCGAUGGCAUACAGAGCACAGUUGGCAUUGGACGCCUAUGCAAAGUCAACGGUUGUCAUUGAUGAUAGCGAUUUCAACUUGACUCUGCUUAGACAGCUGUUGGAAGCUGAUGUUGCCGGUAUCGUUGUGUUGUUGGCCGCCGGUAAACACCGUGAUCUCAAAUCACUGGGUGACUUGCAACAGCUUGGCGCCAUCGACAUCAACGUUCCACUCUACUUUGUAAAGAGUGAGGAAUUCGAUCGUUCCUACUUGGACAGCGACUAUCGCUUGAUCGUAAGCGGUGCUUCGCCGACACCGAUGCCAGUUCCACCCAUUGCCAACAUCGACGGUAUUCUUCGUGGACAAACACCAGCCGAAUCCUACGUCUCUCCAACCAUCUUGGUUGUUGCACACUACGAUUCGUUCGGUGUGGUUCCGGGCUUGCGCGGUGCCACCGGAAACGAACCGGCCACCGGUGUCGUCGCACUCCUCGAGUUGUCACGUCUUUUCUCGCGUCUCUAUGCCAACGUGAAGAAUCAAGGUAAUCACAAUAUUCUGUUCUUGCUCAGUGGUGGCAGUUCACUGAAUUUCGAAGGCACCAGAAAAUGGUUGGAUCAACAACCGAUGAUCGUAACGGAAUCCAUCGAAUUCGUGUUGUGUCUCGACUCGAUUGGUGAGCCAGUCGAAGAUCUUUUCUUCGACAGCUUCUUGGAAUCGUGGUUGGAGUCAUUGGCAUCGACCACCAGAAUGUACCCAUUCGCCGAGUCGACAUCGGCAUCGGCAUCAGGAGAAAUCACCUUACUUCAGGGUCUCGAGAGAAUCAUGAAGAACUAUUUGAAUGAAGUCAACAGAGAUUUGGUCAGAGUCGAUCCGACCACAACAAACACCUACUACCAACCAUGGAGGGUCACAAUGUCAUUCUAUCACGUCAAACCAUUCACCUUUGAUCUCUUGGUAGUCGUUGGAACCAUCGUCUAUCUUUUGGCAAUCUAUUUAUUAUUCAAAGGUAACGAAGCAAUCAAAGAGAUUAAACAUUUCAUUUCACCUUUGAUUAAAUCGAAAUCGAAAUAA